GACACUAGAAUGGGGUGUGGUGGGUCAAUACCGGAAACCAAUUCAUCGGAGGAAGACGACAAACCAGUGAGUGAGGGAGAGAACCCAAGUAUAUCCGGAAGAAAAGAAGAGGAAAAUGUGAAGAAGGAAGAGAAGCAAAAAGAAGGAGAAGAAGAUGGAACAUAUUUAAGAACUUGGGAAUCUGCGGAGAGGCUUCCUGACAUUUUGGUUGGAAAGCGGAUAGGAAUGCAUACUAAACUUAUACGAAGUAGAAACUUUGAUAAUCAAGAUGAAACUGGUUCAGACAUUAUUACUCCUGAUAUAGAAAACAGGUUCGACAACUUGAUCACUACACCUCCAGGAUCAACUACCAGAUCCUCCUCAUCUUCCGAAGCUUCUUCAGAUGAUUCCAAUUCCUCGAGAAGCUCCCAGGAAGAGAGUUCAAACCAUCCAAACCUUGAUGCUUCUGAGCAAGAAAAUGUUCCUGAUCAAAAGGAAAAUGAAAAGGUCAAGCUGAUACCGUCAAUUGAAAAUAUGUUACCUGCUGCAGACACAGUUUUACCUCCAACCGAAAAUGUGUUGCCCUUAGCUGACAAAUUGUUACCGUAUGCAGACACAACAGAAUCCUUAGAUGACAAAUUGUUACUCUCAGAAGACAAACUGUUACCCUCAGAUGACAAAUUUUUACCCUCAGAAGACAAAUUGUUACCCUCAGAUGACAAAUUGUUACCCUCAGAUGACAAACUGUUACCCUCAGAUGACAAAUUGUUACCCUCAGAUGACAAAUUGUUACCAUCAACAGAGAUUAAUUUGGAUCACCCUGUAUUUGCAGCUGAGGAAAAGUCUUCGAUUGUCAGUACUGACAAACCUGAUCUUGAUGCUGUUUUAAAUAACGCAUCUGAAAACUCAGAAAAGGUUGAAUCUGAACCUCUUAAAGUUGAACCAGAAGAGAUUUUGGACACAUCUGAAGCUUUAAAAGUCAUUUCCGAAGCCGUGGACGAAAUUGAUGCCAGCUAUAGAAGUAAUCAAUCUGACACUAAUAUUGAGCAAGCAACUACUGUUAUUUCUGCUUGGUUAAAUACCUCCAAUCAAUAGACUUUACUGUCACUAAAAAGACAUGUCACCGUUAUUGUGUGAAUAACAUUGUACUUUUAAAUCACUGCAAACUAUGACUAUAAAAAGAAUUUCAAAGGAAAUGAGUUUUUGACAUAAACACCAACAACAUAAUCCAUACUUCUGUGCAACCCGAUGUCACAUAUCUUAGAUACUUCUUAAACUAUGCAUUAUAAUUUAGAUCAAAUCAUCUAAGUUUGAAAUAUCAAAAGUUUAUACCACCAGGUUGCGAAGAUAUGGAGAUUAAAAAAUAUGAGUUUGUGGCCAAGAUUCAAUUCCUUAAGGCAAUAUUAUUGGUUCAAUUACGUAACCUCUUAGCUCCUUUAGUUUGAUAUCAUGUAUAAGAAUAAGAAAAGCCUAUUUAUCCGUGAUUAGAGAUAUUUGAAAUUUAAAACAUUUUUGUUCUUCGGUUCUUUAACAAGAGAAAUAGGAAAUAUUUUCAACAUAACACUAUAUUACACUACAGUGUACAGUAUACAGUGAAUGCAUGUACAGUAUAUUUGUAAUAUUGACAGUUUUCUUUUACUUUUAAAAGAUCUCCACAAAAGGGAUUUUAUUGGCAGGUGCUACCACAAGAUAAAAAACUUUCAGCAAAAUUUUAAUUAUCACCAAUCUUUAAAAAAGUAAAACUUCAAUAAGGCAUUUUUUCCAAACGUCUCUUUCUUACUUAUUAUAUGUAGUAUAUGUAUUAUUUGUAAAAAAAAACUUCUAUGGCCAGGUUCUUUUUAUCAUCAAUAAUGAAAACCAAUUAGCAAUUAUCAUCAUUGAUUUUCUUAAUCAUUAAAUAUUAAUUUCAUAAUUUUUGUCCAUUAUUGUUGUAAAUAAUUUCUUUACAAAACAAGACGCUUGUAAAGAUGUUUAAAUACUCCUUAUAGACUGGAGUUAACGACCUUAACUUUCUGCAUGACGUUUGAUGUUUAAAUUUUGAGAAAUUUUAGGGAAAAAAAUAAUAGUAAAAUAAUAUGUUUUCACGCUAAAGUUUGGAUUUUUACUCAAAAACAUUUUACACAUGCAGACUGAAAUAGCUGAGUUUAAUCCGCCACCUGAUGAAGAAACAGCUGUUCCCGUAGAGGAAAGUAAAGAUGGUGGCGAUGCUGAACAACAAAAUGGCGGCGAGGGUGGAACGGAAGACGACCCACCUGCUGAUGAGUCAGCUCCUGUUCUUGUCAGUUUAGAAUAAGUUAAUGUACUAAAGCUUAAUCUUUAAUUUUAACAAGUUUAAAACUUAAAUAUAUGUUUUUUAAAUUAA